UCAAUAUGUCGCCACUAUCAGAGCUUGUCUCGAUCCAAAACCAAGCAUACCAAAAUGCCCUGUCUCAGAUCAAACUUGCACCCGAGAACGAGCCCGUCUUUGAGGAGUUGAAGCACCUCGUCAACGCAGAUGGUGCUGGCAGCUGGCCACCUCGAGCUACUCACGGCGAUACCUGGCCUGCAGUCCUUCGUCCAUACCACGAUAUCUACCUCGAAGUAGCGCCAUACCUAUCGACAGAGAAUAUAUCCACCAACAACGACGUCAACACCGAACGGCGGAACUCCUUCAGAGAGCGCGUACGAAAGGCACUACAUGAACGAGUGAACCUACCAAGCGUGAAAGGCAUCCUAAGCGCCACCGAAAAUGAAGGCAAUGCUGCAGGAAUCACGCCACCAGCCUCAUUCAACGGCUUCAGCGCCUGCAUCGCAUACAUGCGACACGCCUACCGAUGGGCCCUGGUCCCCGUCGUCAAGGUCGGGCAGGAGAAGAAGAUAAUCGACUUCCCUGAGGAACUGACGUUGCCCUGGUCGUUUAUAUGUCGGCGGUAUGGAGUCACCUCGAAGGGGGGGAAUAUCAUGACAAACUAUUUAUGUAACUUUGAUGAGCAGGGGCGCAUCAUUUACGAGUUUAACGGGGCGUUGUCAGAGCUUAUUCGCACUGCAGAGUACAACUUUUCUUAUAUGUUUGUCGCUACUGAGCGGUUCGCACUUCCCAUAUACCACGAAAUGGCCACUUCUAUUUUUCACUACAACCGCGGCGACAAGCAAGCCUGCCUCGUGAGUCUCAAGGCUAUAGUCGGGCAACUCCCCGCUCUACUACGCGUAUUCUCCAAAACGCUCAUCGAGACUCAGAUCUCGACGAAGGUCUGGAUGCAAUACGUACAGGGCCCUGCAGCCUGGGGUGCCGGAGAGAUUAUCAAUGGCGAAUACAUCGAAUAUGAUGGACUAUCCGGAAGCCAUGCCACUUUUUUCCGCGUUGCUGACGCGUUUUUAGCUUUGGCGCCGUAUUUUAGUGAGGAAGGUAUGAGGCGGUAUAUCCCCGAGUCGCAACGGAAGUUAUUCCAGGCGAUGCAGGAUCACGGGUUUCGGGAGAAGGCGACAGAGGCGGGUGAUGAGUUGAUUGGAGUGGAGAUAGAAAAUAUAUUGAAGCAACUGCGGCUCUUCCGGGCCACCCAUCGCGCCAGAAUCCACAAAUACUUGACUGUUCCAGCUCCCGAGCGGUUGAUUAUGACGGCUGGGAGGUCUGUGCUGGAGAGCGAACAGAUCCCUGAGAUAGACACGGCGAUGAAGCACUUGGAUGGGAUACUGGAGAAGAGGUUAAAGCUAACAAAGUGAUUGCAGCUGGUAAGCUUGAGAACUAGAGACGAAUUGACGAAUGAUGGUACAGUGAUGCCGGGACUGGAGGAACAAAGAAUGUUUACACCGUAUACAGUGGAUGGAGUAUAUGUUUAUGCCUCAGGUGUCAAGAUCAUGUGAUGGGUUGUCAUGUGGACCCGUCAGCCAGGUAACGACGUAAUAAGGUUGAGCUCAGGCCCUGCUCAGGCCCAGAGUUCAUCUUCUUUUCAGUUAUAGUCGUCCUCGUAGCCAAUAGCCACAGCCACAGGCGCGAACGAGAUGGAGAAGGACUAUCCCGAGCUCGGAAUUGAAAUUUGGCUGGUUUAAUAUUAGAACCAGCGUCCAG